AUGGCUGAAGUAGACCUGGACUACCUUGCCAACGUGACCACUGGUGGCUUUGUGGUCAGCACUGAGAGCUAUGAUGUAGAAGAAGAGAUCUUCCUUUGCAUCAAAACGGAAAGCAAUACAUUUGGAGAAGCGAUUGUCCCCGUCUUCUUCUACCUAAUCUUCACCAUAAGCUUGCUGGGGAACGGCCUGAUUUUGUUCCUGCUCUUGAAAUUUGAAAACGUCAAGACGGUGACCAACUUAUUUAUCCUCAACUUGGUGAUCUCGGACUUGCUGUUUACAUUUUCGCUCCCAUUUUGGGGAUAUUACCAAAACCAUGAAUGGAUCUUCGGAGAUGGUCUGUGCAAGGUGGUCCCAUCCAUCUUUUACAUUGGAUUUUACAGCAGCAUCCUAUUCCUGACCAUGAUGACCGUCGAUCGCUACAUGGCCGUCGUCCAUGCCAUCUAUGCCGCCAGGACCAGGAAACUCGUGUACGUCUACUUGGCGAGCGCCGUCAUCUGGGCGAUAAGCCUGUUGUCGACCAUUCCCAAAUUAAUCUUGUAUGGAACGAGGAGUGAUAACUUAUACGGGAAUCUCUGUGUGGAGACUGGUUAUGAUGAGAAAACGAUCCAAUGGUGGAAGAUGGUAGGGUACUGUCAACAGCUGGUCAUGUUCUUCUUGAUACCAUUGGUCGUCAUCCUCUACUGCUACACGUUGAUCGUUGUCAAGCUGUACCGUACCAAAAUGCACAACAAGGACAAAGCCGUCAAGCUGAUCCUCCUCAUCGUGUUGGCCUUCUUUAUUUGCUGGACCCCAUUCAACGCCGCCCUCUUCAUCAAAGCUCAGCACCUUUACCAAGGUAACAACUGCGACGACAACAUUGACAAGGUCUACCUCGUCUGCCGAAACAUCGCCUAUUUCCAUUGCUGCAUCAACCCCUUUUUCUACACCUUUGUCGGCACCAAGUUCCGGCACCAUUUGGCCACUAUGUUCAGCAACUGGAUCAGGUGCGGCCUGAGGUACAGGCACUCCAGCCUGAGCAGUAAGAUCAGCGAAUAUUCCCCGCAGACCAUUUACGAAUAA